GAAUGCGUCAUUGUUACUCCCCUGCUGGGCUCGCAGAAAGCUAAAUCUACAGCCACAUACCAACACUCAGACACUCAUUAAGCCAUACAACCAGCUCUAGCGCAGUAAACCUGUACGGAGCGGAGGAGGAAAGAUACUGGACUUCCUCUGCAAGUGUCAGGAUAUUUAGUCAACUCACAGCUCCGUUUAGUAAGCUGAGCUAGCAGGCAGAGCUAACGACAGUUGGCUGAAACUCCUGCUGCUCCGCUGAAGACAAACCUGCACUCUGCUGGACUUGACAGAUCCAGCUAUGUGAGCUGCUCUGAUGUGUGGACUUACAUCUUACAGCCCCUGGUUGAGACAGCUUCCAAGCUGGUCUGGAGGACUUUACACUGACAUAAACAUCAGACAGACCUGCAGCUGAUUUGGCUGAAAAAGGUGUAUGCUGGCCUGGAGUAUAGUGUGUGACUCCCCAAAGAAACCUCCUCUCCUCUCCUCCCUCUCCUCCCCCUGCAGCACUACUAUGCCUCUGGGUUUGGGAAGAAGGAAGAAGGCCUCUCCGUUAGUGGAGAAUGAGGAAGCGGAGCCUAUCCGUGCAGGUCUCAACGUGCCGGGUAUGGAUGGUCUCGAUGGAGGCGUCAUCGGGCUAGGAGAAGGUGCCACCUCUGAAGGUCUGCCUCCUCCACACAGCAGCAUGCGACCUCGUCUCAUCUUCCACACUCAGCUCGCUCACGGCAGCCCCACAGGCCGUAUUGAGGGCUUCAGUAAUGUGAGGGAGCUCUAUGCCAAAAUUGGAGAGGCCUUUGGGAUACCAGCAUCUGAGGUCAUGUUUUGCACUUUGAACACUCACAAAGUGGACAUGGAUAAACUAUUGGGAGGUCAGAUCGGUCUUGAAGACUUUAUUUUUGCCCACAUUAAAGGACAACGAAAGGAAAUUGAGGUGUACAAAGGAGAGGAUGCAUUAGGGUUGACGAUCACUGAUAAUGGAGCUGGCUAUGCUUUCAUCAAGAGAAUUCGAGAGGGAAGCAUCAUCCACCAGAUCCAGGUCAUCAACGUGGGCGAUAUGAUCGAGUCGAUCAACGGCCAUCGCCUGAUCGGGUGUCGACACUACGAGGUGGCCAAGAUGCUGAAGGAGCUGCCCAAAGGAAAGGAGUUCACCAUCAAGCUUACGGAGCCUCUCAAGGCGUUUGAUAUGAUCGGCCAGAGGUCUGGAGGGUCCAGGUCCUCAUCUGGGGUUCAGCUGGGUACCGGCAGAGGAACCCUGCGGCUACGCUCUAAAGGUCCUGCUACCGUGGAGGAACUGCCAUCUGCGUUUGAGGAAAAGGCCAUAGAGAAGGUGGAUGACCUGCUUGAGAGCUACAUGGGCAUCAGAGACAGCGAGCUGGCGGCGACCAUGGUGGAGCUGGGAAAAGACAAAAAGAACCCAGAUGAGUUUGCAGAGGCUUUAGAUCAAACCCUGGGAGACUUCGCCUUCCCAGAUGAAUUUGUUUUCGACGUCUGGGGCGCCAUCGGGGAUGCCAAGGUCGGGAGGGUUUAACCACAAACACUAACAGCGAUGAACAACCUGUGUGUGCGUGACACCCACAGCAUCAGACACUACUAGGAAACACAACACUACUGUCAUGAGUUUGUUUUUAUUCCAGUGUAUACUCCUACUAUUUUAAUUUAGAGUGCACUCUGUUGGGAGACUCAGCCUACAUGAAGAGGACGAUGGCAGGGGACAGGAGGAGAAGCGUCUGUGAAGACUGCCCAAGUGCUUUUAUUCGUCUUCCAGCUUUUCCAGAAACUACAAGCACGCUGAUGAGCACUUCCCUUUUGACUGCAUCACAUGACCCUGCAUGUCAUUGUUGUAGUUGCUGGCAGUGGAACAAGAACAGCACAAGUCUGAAAGACGAGAGCUAACACCAAGUAGACACUUAGAAAAAGAAAAUGUGAUUUUUAUUCCUGAACAUUGCACCGUGUUGCACUGCGCUGUAGACCAACAACAGGGCGGAGCAGAGAUGACACUGUAUUUGACCUUGGUGAGCGACACAGUCAUCGUUCAGUUUGGUCCUGAACCACUCGAUGUUACUGUUAAAGAUGAGUUUUACAAGCAUGUGCUGUUUAAUCUUUCUCUUCUUAAUGAACUCUGCUGGUUUUAUGUUUUUAUUUGGUGAAAGAGAAAAUUAAAGUCGCAAAAAGUCUAAAGGUCAAGAGUAGCUCGCUGACUGAAAGAUCAGCGGUGUUUGUUGUUAACACACUCCAUGAUGUCAUGAAGUUACCUGCAGCACAUUUCUGUCUUACUUUAUGUGUGUUGUUACAAGAAAUCAGUGUUAACGUACUUUUUUUUUUUUUAAUUGAGGGUCUUUGUGUGAGAACGAGAGGCUGAUUGGUCUCCACGUCUGUGGAGUGUCCUCACUCAUGUUUUUUUUUUAUAGCUAGUGUUUUUAUAUGAAGUGAUGUGAUGUCUAUUUGAAAACAAUGCCUGUGUAACGGAUGUUUUGAUGCAUUACAGAAGACAGUAUUAAAGAACAGAAAGUCACAAGAUGGACCAGUUGUGUAAAAAAAAACCAUGCAAAGGGAGUGUGUUAAGAACAAAAUGCCUUCAUUCCUUCUCAUUUCAUGCAUUUAAAAAAAAAAAAAAUCAGUUUUUUGUUAUAAGUUUGCAUUCAGGUGCAUGAUGCUGAAAGUGUCACGUCAAUGGGAGCAGAAUGAAACCAAACUCCUUCCAGCACAUGUCACAACGACGUGUGUUCAUAGAGAAGAAGAAAAAGAGGCACUGCCGCUCCAACUCCUCAGUGUAGGCAAACAUCUUAAAACAAAACCUUUUAGUGUUAAUCUUUUUAAGUAUAUCCAAAUGUAUGAAGCUAUUUUGUAGUUUAUUUGUCUGAGUUGAUGAACAUCUGGAUGAGCUAUGUAAUGAAACUGAUGCUAGAACACUGUAACACUGAGAAGAACACGCUCUUUUGAUGGCUUUGUAUUACACUGUUAUCAUUGUCCAAUUAUAAUGCAGUAAUAACAAACACAUGCUCCUUUUU